AUGGCCGAGGGCGUCGAGAAUAGGACACUUGCCGAAUUAAAGGCACUUUUGGCCAAACACAAGCUUCCUACCACCGGAAAACGGGCUGAACUUGUGGAAAGAUACUUGGAAUUUGUCAAAGAGUCUGGAGAGGCCGCAGAGGGACCUUCCGAUGCUCCAGAGGAGCCUCUAAAGGCCGAAGCUACGACCCUAGAAGAAGGUGAAGUCCCAAGUGAUGUUACAAAUUUGACUUUUGAAGAAAGAAUGAAAAUUAGAGCCGCUAGAUUUAACAUGGAGCCAUCGGAAAAGGAAAAGGCUGAAAUGAGAAAGCAAAGGUUCGGUCUUGAAACUAAAAGCGAAAAUAAAAAGAGAAGACGUGAAGAACGUCUCAAAAAGAAAAUGACACUUGUAGUUGACGAUGAAGAACUUGAAAGAAGAAAGAAGCGCCUAGAAAGGUUUGGAGCUGCUCAAGCGUAA